UCAAAAUAACAUUUUGUUUUAGUUAUCGACAAAUAACAGAACGGUAUUUUUUCACUCCCAAAUUACUCGUAAAUAUAAUAAAUGAGGAAUUUUAUGUAAUCCUAUAUCGGGUUUACUUGCGUCCCCACCACUUCCCCGCUGGCGAUGGCGGUCUUGUAAAGCUGGGUAUUAUUUAUCUUAUGAAUUGAAUAAAUUUUGUUUGAAACUCUAUUUAUAUGUCAUACAGAUGAAGUAACUGAAACGGAUUAUUUCAUAUAAUUAUUAAUAUAAUGUAAAUAUAGCCAGUAAUAAUGAAAUAGAAAUUUUAAAUUUUGUUAUUGGAAUAUUAGGUAUUAUUAAAGUUGAUUUAUUUAUACCAAAGUAGAUGAACAUGGCUGAAAAACGCAGUAUUAUUUUAUUUUUAAGUGCCGCUUUUGUGGGUGUUUUGGUGACAGGAGUACUAUCGCACUCAGAACCUACAAUCGUAUCGAGGGAAGGAUGGAAUGCUCGUCCACCCAAAUAUAUCGAGAAAAUGCAGAAUCCAGUACCGUUCGUCGUUAUACAUCACAGCUACAUACCGGCAGCUUGCUACAACUUAGAAGACUGCAAAACAGCUAUGCAAUGGAUGCAGGAUUUCCAUCAAAAUAAUAGAAGUUGGGCGGACAUUGGGUAUAGUUUUGCUGUUGGAAGUGAUGGAAGGGCCUACGAGGGUAGGGGCUGGAGCAGAGUGGGGGCACAUGCGCCUACCUACAACACCAAAAGUAUUGGUAUUUGCAUCAUUGGCGAUUGGAGAGAGGAACUCCCACCAGAAAAACAACUUACAACUGUACAACAACUAAUCACAAAAGGAAUAAGAGAAGGAUACAUAAUGAAUGACUAUAAAUUAGUUGGUCACAAGCAAGUUAGAGAAGGAACGGAAUGUCCAGGUGACAGAUUAUUCAAGGAAAUUAAAAACUGGCCAAAUUACUGUCAAGACCCUUCUGCACCAAACAAUAUUAAAAUUGUAGCUGAAGACACACAAAUAGAUGACAAUAGGUUGAAGAGAAAAACGUAAUAUAUGAUGUAAUUUAUAUUUUAAUAAAAUUUAUUUUCCUAUUACUAG